AGCAGCUCCCCCCCCCCCCCACCCCCAAAACCCCCACCUCAGCCCUUCCGACUUGGAGGUGAUCCCGGAUUUUUAAAGAAGAGGUAUUGAGACGCAAGCCUGGUUUGUUUAGCACCAGUCGGCUGUUAAUUUUAUUUUUUUUCCCCCUGUGUGUGCGCGAUUGUCUUAUUUUCUGAGCGGUUCCCAAGGCAAGAGGGAGGGGACAAUCCACGUGUGAAAAGGGAGAGUCAGACAGCGAUAGAGAGAGGGGUAGAGAGAGGGAGAGAGGGGAAAUCAGCUGGUGAUUUGGGAGAGUCGACCAUCUCUGGACUGAAGUGAGCAGACCUCCAGCUCUCUACACCCAUUGAGGAAUCCUGGAUCUUGUCCACGAACUGAACGUCCCCGUCCGCUUCCACCCUGAAGGCUCUGUAAGAUGACUUGCUCACGCAGCCGGCUGUUGAGAGGUUCACUUUGUACAGUCGGGAGACCAGACCGGAGCGCCAUGGGUUCACCUGCCUUCCAGAGAUUCUGUCAGAAAGGUCUUGAGAGAGUGAAUGGAGAAUGAAGAGGAAGAGUCCCAGAUGGAAGGAUGAACUGGCGGCUUGUUGAUCUCGUCUCCUUGCUGUUCCUAUGGGACAGGCUGGCUUUAACCCUCCACUGCUGGGCACUUCUAGUACUCUCCUGUCAUCACCAACACCAACAUGCCACCAGCCCUCUCGACUGGCUACUCUCAGACAAGGGGCCUUUCCACCGGGCACGGGACUAUUCCAAUUUCCUAGACAGAUACCGCCAGGGAUUUACUACCAGAUACAAAAUCUACAGAGAGUUUGGUCGAUGGAAGGUGAAUAAUCUGGCAGUGGAAAGAAGAGAUUUUCUGGGCUCAGAUUUACCUCUAGCUCCAGAGUUUAUCAAGAAUAUACGGUUGUUGGGACGGAGACCAAGUCCGCAACAGAUAAUCGACAACUUGAUCAAGAAAUAUGGCACGCAUUUUCUACAAUCCGGAACACUUGGAGGAGAAGAAUCACUCACCAUAUUUGUGGACAAACAGAAGUUAAAUAAGAAGACUGAUCUCAACAAUAAUUCUGCUGUCAGUUUGGAAACGCUUCAUAAACUGGCUGCAUCCUAUUUCAUUGACCGAGAGACCACAUUACGCAAGCUUCACGAGAUCCAGAUCGCCUCUUCAGCAAUUAAGGUAACUGAAACCAGAACAGGACCUCUUGGAUGCAGUAAUUAUGAUAACCUAGACUCUGUCAGUUCAGUCCUGGUACAAAGUCCCGAGAACAAAAUUCACUUACAAGGCCUACAGAACGUUCUGCCUGUGCACCUACGGGAACGGUUUGUUGAAGCUGCUCUCAGUUACAUCGCCUGUAACUCGGAGGGCAGCUUCAUCUGCAAAAACCAUGACUGCUGGUGCCAGUGUACACCCAAGUACCCAGAGUGUAACUGUCCUUACAUGGAUAUCCAAGCCUUGGAGAACAGCCUGCUGUGGGUAACAGACACCUGGACCAACUACAACAAAGAGUUUGAAGCGUCAGGUGAGUUCAAGAUUUUCCUGAAGAAGUUGCCGACUGAGUAUUUCCUGAACUCUUCGGCUCUCCUGCAUCUGUGGACAAUGGACCGCAGUAUCCAGCGUCGCUAUGAGCAACUGGAGGCCAGCUUAAAGGGACUCUUCAAUAAGGCGCAGAAGACCGUCCGCAAACUCUUCAGCCUAAGUAAGCGCUGCCAGAAACAACCGAAAUUCGUCCUUCCCAGAGAAAGGCCGAUGACCUAUUGGCUCAACCGCAUCCAGUCGUUCCUGUACUGCACGGACAAUGGACUGGCUGGUGUAUUUUCAGAGGACACCCGAAGCUGCACUUGCCCUUAUGACCAGCUGAGUUGCCAGAAGCCCAUCCCUUGCUUGGUAGGCGAGGGCACCUCGUGUGUCAUGUGCGCGACCGACAACCGGACCCGCUGCGGGGCUUGCAACGUGGGCUACAUGCUGGGCCAGGGGGUGUGCCGGCCAGAGGUGGCUGACCCCACCGAGCAGUACAUCGGCUUUGAGACCGAGCAGGACCUGCGGGACAUGGAGAUUCGGUACCUGCUGCAGAAACGGGACAGCAAGAUCAUCGUUCCCGCUAUCUUCAUCAGCAACGACGUGCGCCUCAACAGCUGGUUCGACCCCUCGUGGAGGAAGCGCAUGUUGCUCACCCUGAAGAGCAACAAGUACAAGACCAACUUUGUCCAUAUGAUCUUGGGCAUGACCAUACAGAUCUGUUUGACUAAAAACAGUACGUUGGAGCCUGUGCUGGCUAUCUACGUGAACCCUUUCGGAGGCAGUCACUCUGAGAGCUGGUUCAUGCCGGUAAACGAGGACAGCUACCCUGACUGGGAGAGGACUAAAGUGGAUGUGCCUCUGCAGUGUUACAACUGGACCCUGAUGCUGGGCAACAAGUGGAAGACGUUUUUCGAAACGGUCCACAUCUACCUGAGGAGCCGCAUUAAGUCGAGCGGCAACGAUAGCGUGUACUACGAGCCACUGGAAUUCAUCGACCCUUCCAGGAAUCUGGGCUACAUGAAGAUCAGCCACGCCCAGGUCUUCGGCUACAGCAUGCACUUUGACCCAGACGCCAUUCGGGAUCUUAUUCUGCAGCUGGACUACCCAUACACCCAGGGCUCGCAGGAUUCUGCCCUGCUGCAACUGCUGGAAAUCCGGGAUCGUGUCAACAGGCUCUCCCCCUAUGGCCACCAGCGUCUGGAUCUCUUCACCUGCUUGCUCCGCCAUCGCCUGAAGCUGUCCACUAGUGAGGUGGUCCGGAUCCAAGCCUCCCUUCAGGCCUUCAACGCCAAACUCAUCAACUCGAUCGAAAACGAGACCACCAAGUUAUGCAGUUAACCCUCCUCACUGGUUCCAGCACAACGCAGGUGUCGAUAUGGGGAUCCAUUCUCUAUUUUUUGUUUCGGUGUUCUUUUGUGCAUAAUUGGUUUGGUUUAACACUGGAUUCCUCCCCCGCCCCUUUCAACGGUCUUUAUUCUGAACUGGGGAAGUGUCCUAUCACAGGAGCCAACAGACGAGCGGAGGUCAUUCUUUUUUGCCCCCUAUGGCUACCAGCGUCUUCAACCUUACACCUGAAUAUUCAUACAAUAUGUUCUACCCAGGACUCUGGUGACACAAGUGGAAUAUGACAUCAUGCUCCUUCCUGAUUGGAAACAAUGAACAUUUAUUGAACCUUGCCUGGGCUGGGGAGUAAGGCGUUUCAUCUGUUUUCUGUUUGAAACAAUGAAGUGCUUAAAAAAUGACACCCAGUCUGUAUUAACCUUCCUGACCCAUGUCCCUGUAGCAAACACCAGCACAGAAACAAAAAUGGUGUGAGCUGUUACUUUCUUUGUUUCCGCUGUACAAUUAUUUUAAUAUUUGGUGUUGAGGGACUAAUAUUUUUCGAUGGCAUUGUUUUUACUGUAUAUGCAAGUCCGGCGUGCUGUGGUUGCUCAGUCAAGUUUCCUAUUUCUAGAUCAGACCAGUCAUGAUCCAAAAUGCUCUAACACAAAGUCUUGUGAUUUUCAUUUGAACAGGGAGGCAUGUGGUCUGAUUCAGGCCAUGCACAGGCAAUCGUAGAUCAUGUUGGGGAAACACUACAUACUAAACAUUCUCAAUCUUGCUACUCCAAGACUAAGGCUAUAAAUACCGAUUAAGAAACAAAGUGUGGCCAGUAUAAUACCUGGUUAAAUGCAUCAGUCGAGUCUUACGGAUAUUGAAUUGCAGAUAGCCACAGUUUAAACCAGUACAGCAUUAACAGUAUGAAGAUCCCAUAGAAUCCUCCAUCUCGCAUUGAGACCAUUCUGCUCAUCUCAUCUGUGCUGGAUUUUAGGAAGAAUUAUCCAAUUAGCUCCAGAUCUCUACUUUUUUCCGCAUAGCCCUUCAGAAUUUCCCUUUUCAACGACAGUUCCCUCAAAGAAAAUGUAUUUCAGAUCAUCAUAACUUACUGCAUUAAAAAAUAUCCUUAUCUGUUCAUAAUUCUUUUCUCAACUAUCCUAAAAUGAUCUUACUCAGACAGUAAAGAGUUCAGGGCAGGCAAAUUUCAGCAGGGUAAAAAGACCUUUAGAUGCUUUUUUAUCUUCUUAUUUCUUGUGAAGGCCAGAUUGAAAGCAAUAGGGGAAGCUGGGAUGUAUGAUCUGAUGUUCAAAUGGAUGGUCUUGGAGAUAAGGGUUUCUGCUUUUUAAUAAAUGGAAUGGGUACACACUCAAAACCCUCUCGAAUUAAUACUAAAUGCGACAGCACUCUGGAGAAACUGGUAAAAUACAUCUGAAUUAAAAUGAGACAUCAGACAAAUUCUUUAUAUUUUGUUGUAGCUAUGUUGUGUUUUCCCUGAUCCAAAGAGAAAACUUUAUUCGUUGUUGAAAGACCAAGUGGAUUUUAAAAAAAAUUUGCUGUAGCUAUUGUCGUGUGGCAUUGGGGAUAGUCCAUUUCAGUCAGUCAAAUCCAUCUGCAAAUCAAGGAUGUUCCCAGGCUCCUGAACUUGUGUAGAGAGUGAUGACAGAGUGGAAAAGCAGUAGCAGCUUGAUGCCAUAGAGAUUUUGUUGAACAGCAGGACAGAAAAGAUAAGUUCAGCUCUUCAUGAGAAGAAAGAUGGUGCAAUGGUGCAGCAAAGUUUAGCGGAGACCUGAUUCAGCCAGAACAGCUGAAAAUGUUCAAUGACAGAUUACUUGGCAAAAUCAGUCUAAUAAUGGCUAUUUUAAAGGGGUAAUGUCUAAAUUGAUAAACAAACACAGCCUUUGCAAACAUGAAUCGCACUACACGAAUUCACCCAUUUGACUUUAAGAUUUCCUCUGUUGCCUCUUAAACAAAAUAAACAGUGCCCCUUUAACCUCAGCUAAACUUUAUUUCAAUCUCAAUGAAAUGGCACCUACUCUGAUAGAGAUCAGUAUUAUGCAUGUGGUAAUGAAUAGCAAAUGGCCUAUUGCUCUACAGUUCUGUGUUAAUUAGACAAUUUUGAUGUACAAUGCUGUCACACUAUGUCACUACAUUUUACAAUGUGCGCUCUCUCCGAUGUCAGGGCCCUAAAUCUCCAAAACACUCCUUUGAAAGCAAGGUCUUUUCAAGGAUUUGUAGAACUUCGAAUAUGGAAAUAUGGUCAAAAGGAGAGCUGCUUUCACUCAAGGGGGAGAAUUAUUUGUAUCUUUGUUUAAGGAGAGAAAUGUUCUCGAUUGUCAAGUGGCUGUUUAAUGGUGCAGUUUGCUGUUUAAAGGUGCGGUGCGCUGCCAUUUUGUAUAUUUCUAAUGACAGAUUCUGGCUCCAUUGUAAAUUAAUGACAGUGUACAGAAACUCAUCUGUAUUUGUUUUAUUGCUGGUAUUAGGGUUUGGGCGUUUAAUUUUUGAUUAUUAAAUCUGGAUGAAAAGUCCAUAUUUGGAACCCUG